AGUUUUAAAACGCACUCAUCAGAAGACAGAGGUGAUGCACGUUCAUUUCAACUGAAAGCUCAGCUGAAGUGCAUCAAAGUAGAUAAAUAUCCUGUUGGUAAAACGUUUGCCAGCCGUGCGUAAAACUCGACUCUGUUUGGAUAAUGUGGCAAAGCUGCCUUUUGGUGCUUGUGGGCGCGGUGGUCGUGGUCGCUCAGUUCCCCAGAGAGUGUGUGACCCCCGCGGCGCUCUUGAGCGGAGAGUGCUGCCCGUCGCCGUCCGGACUCGACAACGACCCGUGUGGCUCCGCCGAGGGCCGCGGAGAGUGCGUGUCCAUCACGGCUGACGCGAGACCGCACGGGCCCCAGUACCCCCACGACGGCCGGGACGACCGGGAGCGGUGGCCCAUCCGUUACUUCAACCGCACCUGUCAGUGUAACGGGAACUUCAGCGGCUUUAACUGCGGCCGCUGCAGACACGGAUGGACCGGAGCCAACUGUGACGAGAGGGUUUCUGUCGUGAGGAGAAACGUGAUGCAGCUCAGCUCGGACCAGAAGCGUGCGUUCGUGAGCGCGCUGGACCAGGCCAAGCGCACGGUGCACCCGGACCUGGUGAUCGCCACCCGGCGCCACGCGGAGAUCCUGGGGCCCGACGGGAACACGGUGCAGUUCGAGAACAUCACCAUCUACAACUACUUCGUGUGGACCCACUACUACUCCGUCAGCAAGACGUUCCUGGGCGCGGGGCAGGCGAGCUUCGGCGGAGUGGACUUCUCGCACGAGGGCCCCGGGUUCGUGACCUGGCACAGGUACCACCUGCUGCAGCUGGAGCGCGACAUGCAGGAUAUGCUCCAGGACCCCUCCUUCGCCCUGCCCUACUGGAACUUUGCCAUCGGUGGGAGCACAUGUGACAUCUGCACCGACGACCUGAUGGGCGCCAGGAGCAGCUUCGACAUGAACUCCCUGAGCGCCAACUCCAUCUUCGCCCAGUGGAGGGUCAUCUGCGAGAGCGUGGAGGACUACGACACGCUGGGAACCAUCUGCAACAGCACUGAGACCGCUCCCAUCCGAAGGAACCCAGCGGGGAACGUGAACAGGCCGAUGGUGCAGCGGCUCCCGGAGCCCCAGGAUGUGGCGGACUGUCUGCAGGUCAACGCCUUCGACACGGCGCCGUACUACUCCACCUCCUCCGAAAGUUUCAGGAACACAGUUGAAGGCUACAGCGCCCCCAAGGGGAACUACGACCCGGCGGUCCGGAGCCUCCACAACCUGGCCCAUCUCUUCCUGAACGGCACAGGGGGGCAGACCCACCUCUCGCCCAACGACCCCAUCUUCGUGCUGCUCCACACCUACACCGACGCCAUCUUUGACGAAUGGCUGAGGAGACAGAGUCCAGGUUCUGCCACAUACCCGGAGGAAAACGCCCCCAUCGGUCACAACAGGGGCUACAACAUGGUGCCCUUCUGGCCUCCGGUGACGAACGCCGAGAUGUUCGUGAUGGCCCCGGAAAAUCUGGGUUACUCCUACGAAGCCCAAUGGCCAGGUCAACCUUUCACCACGACGGAAAUCAUCACCAUGGCCAUCGUGGCCGCCCUCGUGGUGGUCGCGGCCGUCUUCGCCGCCACCACGUGUGCCGUGCGCGCCCGCUCCAGGACGGAGGGCCACCAGCCGCUGCUCAGCGAUCAGUACCAGCGCUACGACGACGUCAAGAGCCAGUCGGUGGUUUAAAGAUUUGAACACGAGCUUCACCUCCGUGCCUCUUCUCCUCACUCAUGCAGUUCUGUGCUGUUUUUUUCUUAACCUGAAUCUCUGCGGGAGAACGUGUCGACUCUUGAAAAAUCUUAUUUAUGCCGCGCUGAUAUUGCCACAUCGGAACAAAAAUGUGUAUAGUUCAUUUUUCUUGCAAAGGUAUAGAGCAGAUGCAAAUAUUUUACUUUUCCAUAUGCACUUAAAUCACUUAUUAAGCCUUUGUAGGUAAAGAUGCAUGGAGUUGUCUUUAAGAGUAUGACUUUCCCCCCAAAAAAAGUUUGAGAUUUCUGGUAAAUAUGAGAACAUGUUUGAAUAAAGUCAGACUUUUAAAAUGUCUUGUAAGUAUCAGCAGUGUUUUGCCUUCUUCUGUAGGUUUAUAUCGUUCAAUUUUAAAGGUGAUCAAGUGUAAAGGAUGCCGAUUCUGAUAAGUGAUCCACGAUGUUGUGUAACUUAUUAACUUUUUUUUGUAACACUUUUAUGUAUCGGGAUGCUUAACAUGAGUGUGAUCCACUGCUGAAUAAUUAAACACCUACAACCUG